AUGGCCGGAUUGAUGGCGAGCACCGCCACGGGCGUGUUGGGCUCCGUCAUCGACGAGCUGGCCGCCAUGCUCACCGACAAGUACAACCUCGCCACAGACGUCAAGCAAGGGAUCCGCUUCCUGCGAGACGAGCUGAGCACCAUGGAUGCCGUGCUGCGGGUGCUCGCGGACAAGGACGACGACCACAUCCAUCCACUCGCCAAAGACUGGAGGAGCAAGGUGCGUGAGCUGUCCUACGACAUUGAGGAUUGCGUCGACCGUUUUGUGCUCAAUCACAGCCAUGGAGAUGGAGGUUCCACGGCCAACUUUGUGCACAAGUUCUUUGACUUCUUUCAAAAGGAGACCAGGGAUCUUGUUGGAAUCGAUGCGCCUCGUGAGGAGAUCAUCAGCUUAUUGAGAUGUGAAGACAAGGAGCACAAGGUGGUGUCCAUCUAUGGGAUAGGUGGACAGGGGAAGACCACUCUCGCCAGGGAGGUACAAAAAAUCACUGAAGCUGCUUUUGAUAGCCGGGCUUUUGUGUCUGUAUCACAAAUUCCAGAUAUGAAGGAAAUUCUUAGAGAUAUAUUGUCUCAAAUAAGCAAGAGCCAUUUUGACCGGUCACAGGAGUUAGACACAGUUGAGCAGCUCAUCCGCACAGUGAAAGAAUGCUUAAAGGACAAGAGGUAA